UCAGUCGACCAAGGGCAUGCAAGCAGUCGCUGCCAUUCCUCACUGUUCACCAACCCUACAGGCCUGUAAUUUCAUACUUGGAUUAAGAAUAUAUUGUCUUUUGCUGUCGGCCUACUAUCGACAUAUCUCUCUUGCGACCGAGUGCUUCUCUUAGCACACAGAGUCUUCGUCCCACGCCCUCUCUCCGACUUUCGCCCCUUGCCUGACAACUUUUCCUGUGGACGCCCCUACAAUGUUGUGCCGCCAACAUCUGUCACGGCGCGCGGCCGUAAGGACAUCGCCUUGUUUCACCCUCACACCACGGUUAAUCCGCCCUACGAGACUAUAUUCUAUUAAUGCUCGAGAUAGGCCGAGCGGAAUCCAGGUCGGCUGUCUGCGGCCUUCAAUACCUGCCCGGCCUACACCUGUAUCCACACCCACGUUUUCCACCUCAGCAGCGAGACGGAAAGAGAAGCAAGACGGCCCUUCCGAUGACUCAACUAAACCUUUGGUUGAUGAAGACGCCAACACAGCCGCCGAGGAAAAGUCGGAGCACCGGGAGAAAGACUUGAGCGAGACGAAAAGCUCUACUACAGAGCCGCCUUCCCCCAGCAAUAACAAAGGCGAGGGUGACUCUCAGGAUAGCAAGGCGGGAAGUGCAGCUGGAGGUUCCUCUGGAUCUGGCAACGAUGCUCCUGGUGAUGGCGGUCGGAAACCUAGCCAAAGGCAAACAAACAGAGCCCUGCAAAAACCUGAGAUCCCCGAAAUAUAUCCCCAGGUCAUGGCGAUCCCUAUAGCAAAACGACCUCUUUUCCCUGGAUUUUAUAAGGCCAUUACCAUCAAAGACCCCAACGUUUGCAACGCCAUACAGGAAAUGAUGAAGAGAGGCCAACCUUAUAUCGGCGCAUUCUUGUUCAAAGAUGAGAACGCUGAUGAGGAUGUGAUACGAGACCCAGCAGAUGUAUACGAGACUGGAGUGUUCGCCCAGAUCACGAGCGCCUUCCCUUUAACUGGAGAGAAGAGUGGCUUGACGGCCAUACUCUAUCCACACCGCAGGAUCAAGAUGUCAUCGCUAAUCCACCCCUUCACCCCAGAACCAAGAAAGGCCGAAACUGAGCCGGCAGAUGUACCAGAUCCGAUACCUCCCAAGCUGGAAGAUGAAGCCUCUCAUGAGAUGAAGGGCGAUGUGGUUGCGAGCUUUGAAGAGGGCGCUGUGGUGAAUAAGUCCGACACGGCCACUGAGAUAUAUGAGCCAAUAUCAUUCUUGCGCAAAUAUCCUGUCACUUUGGCAAAUGUGGACAAUCUGGUGGAAGAACCAUUUGACCCCAAGAGCCCAGUGGUACGAGCCGUGACCAAUGAGAUUGUCAAUGUAUUCAAAGAGGUGGCGACGAUGAACAGCCUCUUCCGAGACCAGAUAUCAACUUUUUCCACUAGCCAAUCAACAGGAAAUGUUACUGCGGAGCCCGCUAAGCUUGCUGAUUUCGCUGCAGCUGUGUCAGCUGGAGAGCCUGCUGAAUUGCAAGAGGUCCUUGCCAGCUUGAAUGUUGAGGAUCGGAUGCAUAAGGCUUUGGUCGUGCUGAAGAAGGAGCUCAUGAACGCACAGUUGCAAUCGAAAAUUACGAAAGAUGUUGAACAGAAGAUUACAAAGCGGCAACGAGAGUACUGGUUAUUGGAGCAGAUGAAGGGAAUCCGCCGAGAAUUAGGUAUCGAAUCUGAUGGCAAGGAUAAACUUGUUGAAAAAUUCAAGGAGAAGGCCGACAAACUCGCUAUGCCAGAGGCCAUUCGCAAAGUAUUUGAUGACGAAAUUAAUAAGUUGGCCCACUUGGAAACUGCAGCCUCCGAGUUUAAUGUCACACGGAACUAUCUAGAUUGGCUGACACAGAUACCAUGGGGUCAAAGGAGUGCCGAAAACUUUGACAUCCAGCAUGCCAUGAGCGUUCUAGACGAGGAUCACUAUGGUUUGAAAGAUGUAAAAGAUCGGAUUCUGGAAUUCAUUGCAGUUGGCAAAUUGUUAGGUACCGUCGAGGGCAAGAUUUUGUGCUUCGUUGGACCCCCCGGCGUUGGCAAAACUAGCAUUGGCAAGUCAAUUGCCAGAGCCUUGAACCGACAAUACUACAGGUUUAGUGUUGGAGGUCUUACGGAUGUGGCAGAAGUCAAAGGUCACCGCCGCACCUAUGUUGGUGCUCUACCAGGACGAGUCAUCCAAGCUCUCAAGAAAUGCCAAACGGAGAACCCCCUGAUUUUGAUUGAUGAAGUCGACAAAAUUGGACGGGGUUACCAAGGAGACCCAUCAUCGGCGCUUCUAGAAUUGCUGGAUCCAGAACAGAAUAAUUCCUUCUUGGAUCACUAUAUGGAUGUUCCCGUCGACCUCUCCAAGGUCCUAUUUGUUUGCACAGCUAAUAUGACUGAUACGAUACCCCGACCUUUGCUUGACCGUAUGGAGGUCAUUAGAUUAUCUGGUUAUGUCUCCGAUGAAAAGAAAGCAAUUGCAGAUCGAUACCUGUCCCCAGCAGCCAAAGAACUCGCUGGUCUAAAGGAUGUGAAUGUCUCACUUUCGGAUCAGGCUAUCGAAGAAUUGAUUAAGUCAUACUGCAGAGAAUCAGGUGUUCGGAAUCUCAAGAAGCAAAUUGAGAAGGUUUACCGAAAAUCAGCCUUGAAGAUUGUACAAGACCUUGGCGAAGAAGUAUUGCCAGAAGCCGAAGCACUGACAGAAGACGGCAAAGCAGCCAUGGCAGAAUCAGAGAAAGUGAACGAGACCAAAGAGCCCACUUCCCCGGAGGCAACAGAAAAGGAAACUACAGAGAAACCACGGGUUGCUCUCAAAGUGCCUGACUCGGUUAAUAUUGUGAUUGACAAGGAGAACUUGAAGGAUUAUGUUGGCCCACCAAUAUUUACUUCAGAUCGCCUUUAUGAUAUUACACCUCCUGGUGUCGCUAUGGGCCUUGCUUGGACCCAGUUAGGUGGCUCUGCUAUGUAUAUUGAGUCUAUCCUCCAGUCGGCUUUGCGUCCUAGUAGUAGCUCCGGCCUGGAGAUUACUGGCAAUCUCAAGACAGUCAUGAAGGAAUCGUCUACGAUAGCCUACUCCUUUGCCAAGGCCUAUAUGGUCAAAGAAUUCGCCAACAAUCAUUUCUUUGAUAAGGCUAAGAUCCACUUGCAUGUACCAGAAGGGGCUGUGCAGAAAGAUGGCCCGUCCGCCGGCGUUACUAUGGCCACAUCUCUUCUAUCUCUAGCAUUAGAUAGCCCCGUGGAUCCCACCGUUGCCAUGACUGGCGAGCUGACACUGACGGGCAAGGUUCUGAGGAUAGGUGGUUUGAGGGAGAAGACUGUGGCUGCACGUCGCGCUGGGUGCAAAAUGAUCAUUUUCCCGGAAGACAAUAUGUCUGAUUGGCUAGAGCUUCCUGAGAAUAUCAAAGAGGGCAUUGAAGGUCGCCCUGCAAGCUGGUAUAGCGAGAUUUUCGAUGUUGUGUUCCCUAACCUCGAUAAGGAAAAAGCGAACACCUGCAGAAUUUGCGAAUGGAAAAAAGAAAAUCAAUCUUCCAGUAGCAAAAGUGACAAGAACGACUGAAAGUACUCGAACGAGUGCUGAGGCAAAUGAAAGGGGACCACUGAUCCCAUGUGUACCAUUACCCUGUUCCCUGAGAUCGGGCACCAACGACAAGAUACGUAUGAGAAUAUGGUAUAUACUGUAUAUUACAUGACACUUUACGUACGGUUUAUACUUGUACAAGAAGCGAGAAAGAGGCAAAUCUCAGCAUUUCUGGGGCGUUCAGGUGGCCUUUUGCAUUACAUACAUAUCAUAGCACAACGAACUAACCAACUA